GAGUACGAGAGUGUCCGCGACUCGGCCAGUUCGGCCGCGUCGCAGCAAGAUGUGCGGUCGCUUCGGUCGGUUCGGGGAGUUGUUGUGCCGCUGCUGCCCCUGGUCUCUGCGUCGUCGGCUCUCAUUUUCUUGCCACAGAGCUUUCUUUUUCGGCUGGCCAAGAGAAAGCGUCUCUGCGCUCUCCUGUCCUGCCUGCGGCCCCUCGUUUUUUUUUGUUGGGUCCGCCCCGCCUUCGCGACGCCGGAGUCGAUUGCGAGGCCCACGGCUUCGAG